GGGAUUCCCUAAUGCAUCCGUUCCCAGAAUGAAGGCACUGCGGCAUCGAAUACGUGAGUAUUAAGAACUGAGAGAGCUUCUGGGCUCACGUAGCCUGGGCUAAAGGCUUAUCAGAGGCUAAGCCAGAGGGGGGAAAAACAGUAAAGCUAGUCUCAGACGACCCGAGGUACAGGCACAAGGCCAUCUGUCCAUUCUCUGAAUACAGCUGACAACAAAGGAGGGCAACUCCGCACUCAGGGAAUCAUACACACUCUGAAGCCUCAAACGUUAACUCAUCCUGGAUUGACAAGGCAAGAAGAGUUGGUGAAGAAAUAAGUGGCAUCUUCGCGCUGUCUCAACCUCCAUCACUUCUCAGCCUAUUCAGCGGUUCACAUCUCUUUAGCAAGUUCCUCUGCUGCUGGAGUGUCAUGGAAAGAGGGACCACAUUUCAUUUAACAGCUUAUAGACAGUCUGUUUGAAGCAUCUAGACCCAAGAGAAGAAUGAAUAUGAAUGAGAUGGAGGGAGGGCUAAAUGUCACCCUCACCAUCCGCCUACUAAUGCAUGGCAAGGAAGUUGGAAGUAUCAUUGGGAAGAAAGGAGAGACUGUCAAAAAAAUGAGAGAGGAAAGUGGAGCCCGCAUUAAUAUAUCUGACGGUUCCAGUCCAGAGCGCAUUGUCACCAUUACCGGAUCGUCUGAGGUCAUCUUCAAAGCCUUCGCCAUGAUCGCAGAGAAAUUUGAGGAGGAUAUCCUGGCAUCUAUGAUAAACAGCACCGUGACAAGCAGGCCUCCUGUGACACUGCGCCUCGUUUUCCCCGCCAGUCAGUGCGGUUCACUCAUUGGCAAAGGAGGCUCGAAGAUCAAAGAGAUCAGAGAGGUAGAUAUUCUAGGUAGAGGUUUAAUUGUUGGCAGAUGCGCAGGGUUUGUAAUGCAGGUCACAGCGUCUGCAGUUGUUAUUUGUACUAACUUAAAUGUGUUAUCUGUUCCACAGGCAUUUACUAUUCCAGGACAGUUUGCCAUUCCACCCCAAGACUUGACCAAGCUUCACCAGUUGGCUAUGCAGCAUAUCCCCUUUACCUCCCUUGGGCAGAGCAACCCCACCUUCCCUGGUCUGGAGGCCUCGUUUGUGACCACUUCUCAUGAGCUGAGCAUACCUAAUGAUCUCAUAGGCUGCAUUAUUGGCAGACAGGGCAGUAAGAUCAAUGAGAUUCGCCAGAUGUCUGGUGCUCAGAUCAAAAUUGCUGGGGCCACAGACGGUUCAGCAGUGCGCCACGUCACCAUCACAGGCUCCCCAGCCAACAUCAGCGUGGCUCAGUACCUCAUCAGUGCGAGUUUAGAGAUGGCUAAACUGAGCAUCCAGGCAGCGUUGUCCUCCUCUUCCAGCACACCUAUCGACCUCAGCCUGGGCUUCUCCCAGUCCACCCCCUCCACCUCCUCUUCCAUGGCCGUCCUGGCUGCUCCCCCCUCUGCUAUUAACGUCCACUCCCCCUCGUCCAUCCCCAGCGCCCACUACGCAUUGCCUGUUUCCAGCCUGCUUGGCAUGAAAACCGUGCCCCUGCUGGCAAUGCACACAGCCACCUCCGCAGGCCUCCCGGCUGGCCUCACACCCUACACCACGAAGAUCCCCACCUCAUCCAGCAUCAAAAAAUCAGAACGGCAGAAGUUUGCCCCAUACUGAGCGGCCGCGGUCUUUAAACUCAUCAGUAUUAUUGUAUUUGUUUAUUAUUCAUUCCUAAAUAUUAAGUAGAUUGAAAGUGUCCCCCCCCCCCGCCCCCUAUUUUUGUAAUGUUUCUGUGCAAUAUUUUGCAAGCAAGGAAUAGUGAGUGCAUGACAAGAUUAAUCGCUUCUUAUAUUGUCUUCCAUUUUAUGUAGCAUUUCAUUCGGAAGUGUUUGAGAUAUUCAUCUCACACCAUAAAAUUUAUCUGACACUGAACCUGUUUUUUUUUUUCUUCAAGAAAA